CCCGGCGGGCGCGCACGGCCUUCACGUACGAGCAGCUGGUGGCGCUGGAGAACAAGUUCAAGCACACGCGGUACCUGAGCGUGUGCGAGCGCCUGAACCUCGCCCUGGCGCUGAACCUGACGGAGACGCAGGUCAAGAUCUGGUUCCAGAACCGCCGCACCAAGUGGAAGAAGCAGAACCCGGGCUGUGAUGUUAGCACGCCUCCGCUCUCCACAGGUGGUUCUCCCGGGGUCACGUGUUUCCCUCUGGAGCACCAGCUGUAUCCGCAGCUGGCGUAUUUGAUGGCGCCCGGCAUGGCUCUCGCGCACCCCCACCUGAACCACCUGCACCAACUGCGCCACCUGCAUCGCAUGUGAGGUCGUCGCGCCAGUGCUCUCUGGAACUCACCAUGUCUGUCUAUAUUUAUCUCUCUCUGUCCAUCUGUCUUUAAUAUUCUCUCUCUCUCUCUCUCUCUCUGCCCAUCUGUCUUUAAUAUUCUCUCUCUCUCUCUCUCUCUCUCUCUCUCUCUCUCUCUCUCUCUCUCUCUCUCUCUCUCUCUCUCUCUCCCUCUUUCUCUCUCUCACUUUUCUCAAUUUAUAUUUAUAAUUCCAUCCCGUAUCAUUCUCAUCGUUCAUCGUUCUAUUUACAUAUUCCCUCUAUAUAUUUUUCCCUCUUUCGUAAGAAUUAUGAAAGGCUAAAUGUGUGUAAAUAAACCUAUGUGUGUGUAUGUUUAUGUGCGACAGAUUUUAUGUGUACCUAUGUAUGUACAAACGAUAACUGAAUGCAUAGAAAUGUUCUUGAUAUUAAAUAUAUUUACCCAAAUCA